GGAAGCCAGCUGGCGGGGCACUUGCCUUUGCCCUAGUAAAUUCUGACCCUGCCAGGAUGCCCACCUUGGACCUUUUCUGAACACGAGUUCCCUCCACUAUUAUGGUCAUAGAUGUCCUUCUUCUGGGAUUGCAGAUCAGGGGUGGGGGGAGAAUGUUGCAUGUUGUUUUCUGGUGCUUGUCAUUAUACAUAUGAAUAAACAGUGCUUCAAGCAUUUGCCAUGAAGGAGCCAAGAAUGUAGCCCUUAUGGGGAUUUUUUUUCCUCCUCCCCUUGCUUUAAGUUCUUGGACAAAUAUCAGCAUUUUCAACCAAAACAUCAUUCUACUCCUCUCCACUCUGCACUCCCAGCGAUAAGAGUCUGAAGGCUGAGUUGUUCCUGGCAGACCCCAGCCUGGUGACAUCUCCUCAAUCCAAAGUAACUGAAAUUCAUUAAUAAAUUUAGAGCAAACUCAAAAGGCAGGAGAUAGUGGCUUCCACAAUGCUGUUUCCAUUUGUGCUCUCCUACCAUUUGAGACCUAAUCUAGCUUCCUGUCAGGAGUUGAGGGCCUUAUGCAUUGCCCUCUUAACCUUACAAACUUGCACCUCUAUGCCCCUUCUGACAGACAGUCAUAGGCUUCAUUUAUAUUCCCUUGAAAAAUACACUUGGGCACAAAAUUAUGCUCAAUGUCACCAGAUUUGCCAGUCUCCUAGGAAUCAUCUAUGGCUUUCAGGUUAAGAAGCUCUACCAUCAGAGAUCAUCCUUGAAGUACUUUAACAUUCCUUGGGUGAAAAUGAGAAGACGCUCAGAGGUCUUGAAGUCACAGACCUUGACUUCUUUGCCUCCAGUUUGGUUUCCCCUGAGAUGAAAGAAUGAAUACGGGGUGAGGUGUAAGGGAAAAGAGAAUUAGGAUCUCUUUUCCGAUGUGAUGGGGUAGGGGACAGGCUUUUGUGUCUUGAGUGUAUGAAGGUGAGAAAGAACGUUAUCAGCUGAGGAGAAAGAUGUGGAUGAUUAAGGUAUCAAUAUUUUCUAGGCCUUAGCAAGGAAAAUAACAUAUCUGAUGAGAAAUCACCUUAUGAUGAAGCUCUGGUAGCAGCCCUGCCAGCACAGAAAAUAUUCGUUAGAAAAAGAAGCCAAAGUGAUGGAUGGAGUCAGGGUCCAACCAGGAUUUGGGAAGAGGCAAUACAGGGUAUCGAUCAUCGAUUGCAGUUAUCAGAAGGGGAGAGACGCAUCACCAGAGAUGCUGCAAACACCAGCAGCCUCGAGGCUACCCCAGUUCCGGGGCUGGCUCUGGCUCACAGAUAGCCUUCUGUCAUCCUGACAGGUGAUCGUGGUCAGCUCAGCUAGGUCCUACCAAAUCCAGAAAACGCUAUUCCAACCCUCUGCUCUACAUCAGGGCAGCGUGGGUUUCCCACAAAGACACAACACCAGAGUUGAGGAUUCUCCCCCACUCCAACCCCUGUGUCCUUCAGCACAUCCUACAGACCCCCUCCCUUUGCCCUUCUGAUUCAUAGCGCCCACCUCCCUGCACCUACCCUAUUCGAUCUACAGGGAAGCGAAGUCGAUCGUGGCCGCCAGCCGAGAAAGGGAGCCAGCCAGCUGGCGGAGGCACGGCUUAAAGGGGCAUCUUGGGCAGAGAGGUUUGGGACUGGGGUCUGUGUGCAGUGAGUUUAAGAGAGGGGCUGGUAGCAGAAAGAAUGUGUUCACAAGGGUUAAGAGAGGAGGUCCUGAGGCUUUGGUCUCUUUCUCCCCCCGCAAUCAUGCAUUUUGGAGGGGCUCUCGCGGCAAGUUCAGUAGGCAACAGCACCACCUAGCCGACUACAUUUCCCAGAAAGCUAUGUGGGCGAGAGACUGAGAGCCAGACGAACAGUGCUGCACUUGCGCAACUGAGCUGGAAAGGUGGGAGGGAGAGGGGAGGCGUGCCCGCGGCGGGGAUGAGGGGAGGGGGCCGCGCGGCGGCGGCGCCUGGGCGGGCGCGCGUCCGCGGCGGUGAUGGCGGUGCGUGAACGCGCGGCGGCAGCAAUGGCCGCUCUGGAGCGGCGGGUGCCGAGUCUCGAUGACUUCGCGGGACAGAGCUGGAGCUCGUGGGUGGAGCGGGCCGAUCUGCCCGCGGCCGAUGGGGCUGAGUUGGAGGAGAGUAACAAAAACCCGAAGAAGUUGGAUGCCAUGACCCUCAUUAAAGAAGACAUGUCCAUCUUCGGGCACUGCCCUGCCCAUGACGACUUCUAUUUGGUUGUAUGUAACCAUUGCAGCCAAGUGGUGAAGCCUCAAGCUUUCCAGAAGCACUGCGAAAGAAGACAUGGGCCCCUCAGCAAGCUCUACACCCGGGCCCCACCUCCACCUCCAGCCCCUGCCAGCUCUCAGAAAUGCCAUGUAGUGAAUGGGCAGGGCCCUGCUUGUAGGGGCCCAGGUUCUACCAAAACCUCCUCCAGGGAGAAGGGCCAGGGGUCUCGCAGCCGUGGCCACCAGCCUCCUGAGAAGACCCAGAAGGACAACCUCUGCCUUUUCGUGCCUGUGGUGAAUCUGGAGAAGAUGUCCAGUCUUCCGAAGCCCGAUGGACAUGGAAUCAGGGUGGCACCGCCCUCUGCUUUCCUCAGCCAGCCAGGUGGCCUCACCAAGGACUCCCCUGGAAAAAAUCCCAUGGCAUCCCCUUCUAAAGAACUUCCUGGCAGAGAGAGCAUCGAGAUAUCCCCCAGCGAGGGUCCCAGUCACCGGACUGAAAGCAGCCCUUCUGAAAAGGAGCCUGGUGGGGCCAAGCUGCCCCCUAAAGCCCACCGCAAGAUGGCUCGGAAGGAGUGCGACCUCAACAGGCAGUGUGGGGUAAUAAAUCCAGAGACCAAAAAGAUCUGUACCCGCCUUCUCACCUGCAAGAUCCACUCGGUGCACCAGCGCCGGGAGGUCCAGGGCCGAGCCAAGGACUUUGACGUGCUGGUGGCAGAGCUGAAGGCCAAUUCCCGCAAAGGGGAGUCUCCCAAGGAGAAGAGCCCAGGGCGCAAGGAGGCAGCUCUCGAGCGCCCCUCCCAGGAGCCCCCCGCCUCAGUCCAACUUGUGGCAGCAGCAGCUGCUCCCAGCGGCACCUUCUCUGCUCGUGCCAAGCCGACCUACCCCUACUGUGCACUGCCCAGGUCCCGGGCUUCCUCUGAGAGUGAGUUGGAUGAUGAAGGCCCUUGUGGUGGUGAUGGGGAUCCAGGCCUGUUCCCCUUCCCCCUGCCCCGGGGUGGGGCCCAGGCCUCCAGUGAGGAGAGUGAGGAGGAGGGGACAUCUGAUGAACUCCACCUCCCCACUGACUGCCAUUAUGCAAACCGGCCUCCUCGGCCACAGGCGUUCUGCACCUUUGGGAGCCGGCUGGUGAGUCCAGGAUGCUAUGUGUUUAGCCGCCGGCUGGACCGGUUCUGCUCGGCCCUGAGCUCCAUGCUGGAACGGCACCUCAGCUCCCACAUGUGGAAGAAGAUCCCACCGGCGGCUGAGCCUCCAUCCCACCUUGUCAGCUCCCUCCCAUCUGCUCCCCUAAGUCCCUCCCCUACGGGCAGCAGCCCUCGCCUUCCAGGCCCACCCCCAAGACCCACCUGCCCUGCCUCCACGCCCCCCACCAAGGACAGCCUUGUCCCCAGCUACCCUGCAGGCUCCCCCAAUGUGGCAGCCGCCUGUAGUCAGGCGGAGUGCAUGGGCGGGAGCCAGGCCAUCACCUCACCACUGCCUGCCAACACGCCGUCCCCGUCGUUCAGCAAGCUCCCACCUUCCAAGGCCAGCAAGUCAUCCAAAGGCAAGGACAGGCUUGAGGUAGAGGCUCCUUCUCGAAAGCGAAAGUUAUCGCCCGGCCCCACCACUUUCAAACGGACUUGCAUCCUGGAGCCCACUGGAAAAGGCAAGCCCUCUGGAUGCCGGGGCCUCGCAGCCAAGACUAAACCUGCUCUGGGCCUGGGGCUUAAUGGGACUGUGGGGCCAAGAGUGAAGAGGGCAGGGCCUCUAGACUGUCGGGGUUCCCCUCAUCAGCCCCCCACGCCAGUCAAGGCCUCUCAGCUGGACAGCCAGGGGGUGGCUGGACACGCGGCCAAGGCCCUGCCGACCAACUGCCUCUCUGAGGAGGAGGUAGCCAAGAAGCGGAAAAACCUGGCCACUUACUGCCGGCCAGUGAAGGCCAAGCACUGCCAGGCCGGUGCCCCUGCUGACGCGGCCUGCUCUGUGCGCCGCAAGAAGCCGGGUCCGGCCCUGGCCUUUGAGGAGAAGUGUUCUACACUGCAGGGCCACUUUCUGAAUUGGCUGUGGCCCUCACUCCAGGAACUGGAGCUACCUCUGUUCCCUGAAGGAAAGGAAGUUGGACUCCAUGAGCUCUGAUAAGAAAGUCAAAAGCCCAUUAACGAGAAAGUGCCUGCCCACUGCAAUGGAGCCGCCAGCACCUCCUCCCCUCCAGAUCCGGGCCCCAGGCUGCUGCCGCUUUUUAUAACUUUAUAUUAUUUUUUUUAA